GACACGUAAGACGUUUACAUGUAGAUUAGGUUAGCAGACAUCUCAGACUUUCUACCCCUGGUAGGAGAGCCACUGGUACGAUAUGUGGGAUAAAUCCCUCACCACUAUUGAUGGCUGGUUUAAUUCAGCAUUUAAUUUUCUGCAUUUCUUGGUAGUCACUGUUCUAUUCCUCUCCAUUUCCUCUAUUUAUAUCUGGAAAGUGCAUCUUUUAAAAAUAUUCUCUUUCAUUCUGCAUGUAAAUGUUCCCCCUUUUCUUUAUGAAUUUGAGGAUUAUGCUACGCACUAACUGAAAUGAGAAUAUUAAAUAUUUAUAAAGUUUUCCAAGUGUAAUCUAAAAUUAUUCUUUAGCUACAUGACUUGGUGAUAUGAAGGAAGUUGAGGGAAAACCACGUCACGCGUUUCACAACGUUGUGCAGAAAAACCUUCUUCCAAAGCACAAGUCACUGUUUACUGGACACAGCUGUCUCCCUCCUUGUCACACCCAAAUUCAUUACCAUCCUCAGUAGAUGGUGAGUGAAAUAUAGCAGCCAUACAUGAUCUGAUUACUAUUUCACGUCCUGGUACAAAGGCCAGGGAGUGGACUCAACCCGCCUGGCCACUAACAGUACAGCGUUAGCUAAUAAAGCGUUUGCAGCCGCAGUUCGCUGAAAGUCUGUCAUAAUCCACUUUUGAAAUAUGUGAAAACCAAGCGUGAAUUUCAAGGCUGUCUGAGACAUUCCUAAUUGCCGCAUAAAAACUCAGUGGUGAUCUGAGGGAGCGUCAGUCGCGACGUGGGCCACACGAAGAGAAGCUGAGAGAGCAUUUGUUCUUCUGUUAACUGAAACAAUAUUUACGCAACAUGAGAGCCUCAUCUUACACCCAGAAGAGCCUGCAAGUCAGCGGCUCUGGCAGCAGAGUGAGGGUUCAGAGCCCGUCGCCAUCCCGGUGCCGCGGAUCCUCAUACGACAGUCGUGGACGCACAGGAUACCGCGGCACCGCCAUUGAGUUGGGUACAGAGAUACACCAGCACCAUGCCAAUGAAAAAGAGGAGAUGCAGGAACUCAAUGUCAAGUUUGCAGGAUACAUUGAGAAGGUCCAGGCACUAGAGCAGAGAAAUGCUUCUCUCCAAGCUGAGCUGGCUUCCCUGCAGAGCCGCUACAAGGGAGGUCCCACGGGCAUCGGAGAAGAAUAUGAGCUCAAGUUUAAAGAGGUGCGGGAGCUGAUUGAGGCCCUGACUAAUGAGAAGGGAGCUGCUGAUAUUGAAAGGGGCUACAUCGAAGAAGAGGUUGAAGUGUGGAGACUUAAGCUGGAGGAGGAGCUGGCACUCAAAGAAGAGGCAGAAAUCAUUCUGAGGGAGUUUCGCCAGGACGUUGACAACGCAACACUGCAGAAGGCUGAGCUUGAGAAGCGCAUCGAACAACUGGUGGCCGAGAUAGAGUUUCUCAAGAAGCUGCAUGAUGAAGAGGUGGCCGACCUCAUGAAGCAGAUCAAGGACUCAAAGAUUACUGCCGAACUUGAUGGAGAUCGCCCUGACCUGGCCGCCUACCUGCGCAACAUGCGCGCAGAGAUAGAGGCCGUUGCUGCCCGCAAUGUCCAGGAAGCUGAGAAAUGGUACAAAACCAAGUUUGACACCCUCAAGGAACAUGCCGGCAAACACGAAGAACAGAUGAAGACCAUGAAAGAUGAGAUCACAAGUUUCCACAACCAGGUGACAGACCUGCAGAACCAGAUUGAUGGGCUGAGGGCUCGCAACGCUGCCCUGGAGCAGCAGUUGGAGGACAUGGAGAUGUCUCACGCCGAUAAGGUGGGAGGCCUAGAGGGUAUCAUCGCUCAGUUGGAGGCCCAGCUCUGCGAAACCAAACUAGAGAUGACCAAAUAUCUCCAAGACUAUCAGGAACUGCUGCACAUUAAACUCAAGCUGGAUGCGGAGAUCGCCACGUACAGGAAGCUGCUCGAGGGAGAGGAGAUGAGGCUUGGAAUUGCCAAAGAUGUCUAAAAGUCCAGCGUGAAAGGAGCAAGAGGUCCAACGCAGCAGCUGAGCACCAUGGAGUGAAGAGAUGAUCUCAGUCUAGUUAAAGAUUUUAGAUUCUUACCCAUCUUAGCCACUCUUUCCCUAUCUCCCUCUCCUGCUGAGGAUGGCUGGGUAUUAUUCAAAAGUUUUCUCUACCAUUGCUGAUAUGACACCUAUAUUUCAGUAUGAUUUCUUGAUUUUUUUCUUCUUCUUCUACAAUUCAAAACAUAAGUUCAAUUAUAUCAGAUGUUAAUAUCAUCUUAACACAUUUUAGAAUAGUCUAAACUUUGACCCAAUAAAUCAAUAAUAGCAAAUACUCAGCCGACCCCUUUGUGCUUGCUUUCCUGUCCUACUGCAAAUUUUUAAAUCACUUCAUUUUCAUUGCCUCUCCCUUUUUUUUUGCAUCGCUCUUUACUCCUACCCUUUUCUUUACUCUUGCUCUGAGAGUUACCUCCUUGCCCCCCAUCACACCACUCUUAUGACACUUCCCUUUGCUGAAGUUGUUCACUUUUCGCCAUCACCGCUUCUGUUGAUCAAAGUUCUGGAUCCCACCACCUUCACAACUAAAUACUUCUGUUUUGCCUUGAUGUGUCACAACGCCAGCCCAAACAAAGCAGAACAAAUAGUCUUAGUGGUCUUCUCUGCCCCCCUAGUUUUUUCCCCUAUGUUUUUUCAAAAGACAAAACAAUUGACGAUUUCCACUAAUGUUGACCAACUGGUUCCUAAUAAAGAUUGAAGUGAGUGCAUACAAAAUAA